AGUGUACCGAAUUAUAAACAGCAACAAGAGCAGAACGUGCACGCCAAGAACGUUUCACGGAAAGUUCGUCAGAAGUUGGAGGGACGUGACUUCAUGAGUGUGGUUAGCAACGGUGCCGUUGCAACGGACAGUGAAACAGCAGGAAUAACUGGAGCGGACGGUGGAGGCGAUUUGGUGGUGAGAAAACCGAUGACACCAGCUGAACAGGCAGAUAUGUUGAUUCGAGAAGCAGUGAGUUUGAGCAAUCUGGCGUUGAUGUAUGAGGGUUGGACAGCGUGGGUAUAG